CGCCUCGGCACGAAAGCGCAUCGGCACGAGGAGUCCAUCAAGAAGCUGUGGACGAUGGGCGACAGCAUGGGGGAUGAGGCCGAUUUGCGGCGAAAAUUCCGUGUUCUUGAGAACGACAAAAGGGUAAGCUGCCUCUUCUAACAUCUGACACUUCCCUCAUUCUCCUUUUUGUUCCGAAUCGACACAACGCAGGCGUAUGGGGAAGAGGUCCAAAUGCAAAUCAGGAAGCAAAGGUAGAAGAUGCGUCGGUUGAGCACAGCUGGCAUUCGAGGAUAAGCCGUUGUCGCUUCCACGCAGGGCUGCAGUGGACAAGCUGACGAGAGAGAACCGGAAGCUCAAAGUCGAAUUGGUAGGUAGAAACAAUGCCACAGAAACGAGAGAGCCGGGCCCCUUGCUUGCAGAACGAGCAACGUUCAGUCACAAAUGCCAACCAGAACGUUCUUCUCGGAGGUCAGUGUGGAUCCGUCACACGCCUUCGCCUACAUUUCACUCUCAUUUGCUGCAGAGAAGAUGACUUCUCUCAACGAGGCUUGCGACACAACGCAGAAAAAGCUCGAGGCCGAGCUCCUGAAGAAGGUCGGCAUAGCGGAGGACGCAGACUUGCUGCAUUCAGAGAGGGCAGUGUGGAUUUGUCUCUGUUCCAUUAGCGAGAGAUGACAACGAAAAAAACUACCCUCGACGAGCGCAUCAUGAGGACGCGCGAGAAAAUGGGUAAAAGACACCACGAGCACAUCAUUUCCUUAAGAUGCCCGAAUCCUUUCCCAUGCAGGCUCGAUGGGAGGCGUCAAUGCAGCAAGAGAGACAAAUGAGGCCAUCUCAAAACAGGUGAGGACCGGGCAUUGCUCAGUACAUGCAGCAAUCAUAUGUUUCAGAUUCGAGUGCUGGAAAAUCGCCUGGACAAGGCACUCCAGAAGUUCAAUGAGGCGGUCGCACACAACAAAAGCCUUCGAGAGUCCAUCGAUGGUAAGAGCGAGACGAUGUGGUCCAGCCUGCAUUUUUUCACCUCAAGCCAGGCCUUCGGAGGGAGCGCGUGGUUUUCGACAGGUCCGCAGCAGACAUUAGCCAUCUAUACUAGAAAGAAGCGACCCUCUCUUGUGUCGCAGCAUUUACAAGAAGCUCGAGCGGGACCUCCAGGAGAAGAAGAAAGAGAUGGCCAACAUUAUCGAAGUCGCCAACGCGGCAUACGAAGCGCGAGACCAAGCGCAGCAGCAGAUGCAUGCCCUCAAAGCCCAGGCAGACAAAGAACAUCAGGAAUUUGAGAAAGAAUGGAAGGAGCUCGGACGGCUCAUUGAGAACGAUAAGAAGAUGAAGGAGUAUAUGAAGCUCAAGGAGAAGGAACGAGAACAACAGAUCCAAAAGGUAGGGCAAGAUGGUCCUCCUUUGUGUGCGGAUGUCCUGUCAUGACACACACGCAGGGUGAGCUCAGCCUCGACGAUGAGCAGAAAACGAAAAAGAGGGUAAUCGAGGAACCGAGUGUUCGGCACAGCACGUUGAUUGUUUUUCAAAUAGGUGACGAAGAACGCCUGGGGCAUCGUGAAGGACAAGGCGCAGCUGCAGCUUUCAGCCGAGAGGGUAAGAAAGUGAGAGUGCCAGGAUAAGGAGCGCGACAUUGCCGCCUAUCUCCAGGUUACUGCCUACGAAGAGGCAUUUGCGAAGAUCCAAGCGGCAACGGGAAUAUCAGACAUAGACGAGCUUGUACAGACUUUCAUCAAUGCGGAGGACCAGGUGGAGAGGAGGACGCCAUGGGUAGUGUCUCGCUUUUGAUCCUUCUUUGGACUAUGUUCAGAAUUUUAGCCUCUUCAACUACGCCAACGACCUCAGCGCCGACAUCGAGAAGCUCGAAGCCCAAAUAUCUGCUCUAAGGGUAUAGACGAGCUGUGAUUGUAUCAAUGACCUCGUGUCGUGCAUUAUCUUCGACUGUGUGCACAGACUGAAAUGGCUGACGUAUCUGCAUCGGCAGGGACCUCCUUAGUAGUGAGGUCGCCAUCGCCAACGGAUGCAAUGGCGAGCGAGCAGGACAAAGCCCAGUUUUUUCAGGUAGCAGCGGGCCAGAUAUUUAUCACAUGCCUGUCCGGAACUGGGUCGUCUGCGCAGAAGUUGGAGGAGCGUUGGCAGCGCCUGGAGAAGAGGUGCGAGCACUAUGAAAUGAAAUACCAACAAACACAGAGAAUUCUUCGAAGCAUCAAGGUCAGGAGAAAGGAGAGAUGUAGUAGAGCACGAUGAAACGACCUGCCUCGGCUCGUUGUACUGUUACGGUACCCAUAUAGGGUGGCUUGCAGAGUCUCGUCCAAAGGCUGCGUCUGACUGGGGUAGAUUCAUCCGCCGUCGCUGCGGCGGAAGAAGAUGCCUCACGGAUGGUUGAAACUGUCACUGAGGGCAACAUGAUGACAGUACGCUCACAACGAAACACUGUUGGCACGAUUUCUUUUUUCCGACAUUCGUUUGUCUUAUUGUCUCUUGUUGUUUCUCAGUAUUUGGGUUCGAUUGAGCAGAGGACUCUUGAGCUUCUCAACUUGUACAUGAGAGAUGCUGGAGUGAGACAAAAGAACCAAUGGCAUUCAUCUACAUAUACACGCAUUCGUCCAACUGCAUUGCCAAAACAGGAACUCCCUUCAGAGCCUCCUGGCGCGGCUGCAGGAGUUGACGUGCUUCAGCCUGCUAUCAAGGGGGCGGCGCUUGGAGCUACUGCCUCUCAGCUUCAGAUUCGCCUUCCAUCCACAGUGGAGGACUACAGUGACGACAAUGAGAGUGACGAGGACGAGGACAGACCCUAUACCCGGGAGGAACUGAAGAUCCGUGUCUCCCGUUCCUCUCGACGAUCUGGACAGCGAGCAAUCAGACCAAAGAAGUGAAUCGGACUAUGCACUCACGUUGCCUCUUCAUGUUAAUAUGUCCCGCUUGACAUCGAUGCUCUCGUCAUUAAAAAGUCCUUCUCCAAUAUAUACACACAGGUGCUGUGACUACUUAACUCCCUCAGUGUACUCCUCUGUGGUUGCAACCAAAAAGAAACACGAGAGCUCGCUGUCAGGGAAGGGUCACUAGACGCGCCGCCGUGUAUGGCACGUGGAUUGAUAAAAGCAUCAGAGAAUGAACAGACAUCGGCCGAGACAUGACUGAUUUGUCCAUUCAUGCGGCAGCCAGACGGUCAUCCGACCGUCAUCGAUGUCUUGAUCGCUGUGUCGGUGUCUGCUUGUCUCAUGCAUGAGGCGUAUACAUCUGGCUGCAAUCAUGAAGACACCCAUCCCCACACCUUUGCAAGGGUUCCCAGAGAGCUGGCGAAGGUGACAAAUCGGGCUGGCAGUGAGGGAAAGCCCUUGUCGUAUCGUCACGGUAUUUUCCAUCUUCUCCAUUGACGCCACCUCUCGACCCGAGUGCACUAAGAAUACGUGAUGGUUCUUCCUUUCUAGUCUCGAAGGAAUCCCGGCCGUUCAUGUACAUUAUGUACAUACAUUACUUCGCUG